AUGAAGGAAGAGAUUGCAGCAGCAGUGUUCUUCGUUGCUCGGCUGGCGAAGCGCCAUGGUAGUUUAGAUGCUGAAAGCAGAGAGGAGUUUGCUGCUGCCCUCACCUCAGCCCUGUUUGACACCUACAAGACCCACUGGUACCCUCACACACCUGUCAAGGGACAAGCCUACCGGUGCCUGCGAAUGAACCGAGCUCAGCUGAGGGACCCUGUGUUGGAGAGGGCGUGUUUACGGAGUGCUGUCUGUUACGAGGACCUGGGGUUGCCACGGGAGAUGACAAUCUGGGUCGACCCUGGAGAAGUGUCCUGCAGGUACGGAGAGCGCAGCGUUCCCUUCUGUGUGAUGCAGCUGCAGGGCUGUCACCAGGGUGACAAGGAGUUUUCCCGACGUAUACAUAAUGCAGUGGAGCGGGCCGCCUCCGACAUCCAAUCAGGCUGCUCCGACGAGGAGGACGGGGACACCAGCAUGAGUAGCAGUAGCAGCAGCCUAUCCGCUCCCUGCCCUGCCCACAACCCGAAACCCAAAACCAUCCCAACAGUCAGCAACCCCAACAGUGUCUACCAAGUAACUAACCAGUUCAGUGAGUUUGCCCCAGUGCCACCCCCUCCGGCCUGGGCAGCUUACUCCAACAGAAGGGCCUUCCCUGGAGAUGGCUACCCACCCCACGGCCCCCCCUCUGGAGGUCUGUUCGCCCAGCAGCACAGCAGCCAGUUCCAGCCUCCUAAAGGCAUCAAACCCUACAGAGCCACCUCCUCCUUCACUGGGCCCAGGCAGGACAAGUACCACUGGGUCAGCAAGAACCGCUCCUAGAAUGUCAACCUAGAACCUACUGGAAACAAGACCCCACUGGCUGCUUGGAGCGCAGAACACUUAAAAAUAUUAAAAAUAUUAAAAGGUCAAAGUGUGAAUAAUGGAAAGGUCAAAUCAAUGCUGUUAAAGCAUUUUUAAAGUUGCAGUAUUUUUA